ACAUCGCGCGUGCGCUCAUACGUGAGUGCGUGUACGUGACGUGAGUGAGUGAGUGAGUAGCUCACAGAACGCUGUCUCAAUAGGCUACUUCGUCCACCUGUGUCAACUGCCGAAAUGACGCAGUAUCUCCCUCCCAACCUGUUGGCGCUAUUCGCGCCGCGCGAACCGCUGCCUCACCUGAAGCAGCUGGACGCCUUGCCGUGGGAGAAGAAGCCGUGGCCGUACUGUGGAGUCAGUCAAUACCUUAGUCUCUUCGAGGACCCCAAUGAGACGCCGCCCGCGACGAGAGGCGAGACAAAAGAAGAGAGAGUUGCUCGAAAGAUGCAUGAGAGGGAGGAAAGACACAAGUCUACAUGUGAGUCCAAGAUUAGCAACUGGGACCCUAACUCAGAUGAAAAUGCAGAAGGAGAUCCUUUCAAAACCCUCUUCAUAGGACGGGUUAACUACGAUACGUCGGAAUCGAAACUGCGACGAGAGUUUGAACAAUAUGGUCCUAUCAAAAAGAUCAAUCUGGUUAUGAACCCGUCGACAGACAAGCCUUGCGGCUACGCAUUCAUUAUCUACGAAAAGGAACGUGACAUGCACGGUAAAAAAAACAAAAAAACAUUCAAUAUUUUUAACGUAGUGCUGCAGCUCUAUAUACAUAUAUAUAAUAUAGCAGAAAACCUUUGAGGAAUAGAACUUUUCAGUUUUGCAGAGAGAGAAAAACCUUUGCAAGCUUUGCUUCAAAUGUGUGCAAAUACAAUACAUGCCUGAUGCAUUUGCUAAAAUUUACUUACAAUGCUAAUGCAUUUACAUGCGUUGCUAAAAUUUACUUAAAAUGCUAAUGCAUUUACAUGCGUUGCUAAAAUUUACUUAAAUGGUUUGAACGGUUUUGUUCCUUAUCGACUUUCCAGCUAUAAUUAUAUGUAUGUGUGCUACGUUUUAGCUACAGUUGAGAAUGUAUGGCUACGAUGUGUAAUACAUGUGACUGUAUUUAUAUUGUACCUCCUACUCAGCCUAUGCCUGAGGGGUGUACACGUGUGUAAAAGGCACGACAUCAUUGGAGGCAUGGCCCCAUUCCAUGCCCAGGUAGUGGUUGGAUUCCAUACCAGGUAGUGGGUUGCGGCGCCGUUCCAUUCCAGGUAGUUUUGGUGUGAGGAAUUAAACACGCCGUGCACAAGAGGCGCGAACACUGUGCGUUAAAGAGCAGUAGCAUAUUGAUUCACAAUAUGUAGCAAAUGAAUGAUGCAAGAAUUGAUGUGUGUUGAACAUACUUGCGUGCUAAAGCAUAGUGCAGUGCAGUUAUGUAGUAAUAAUAAUACUCACGGUGGCUGGCAUAGCACUAGGGCCGUAGACCACGCACCCAGAGCAAUGGGCGGAACCGUUAACAAACGAACAUACACCAUAUGAACAUGAGGUGUCUGUCUCACCUCCCAGACACCUCGACUCACCCCUUCCACCAGCAUACACAACGCGAAAUUUACACUACAGUACAUAUGACCGAAAAAGCACAAACUGCAUACAAAGCAAUCAUGCAUAAAGAACACUUUUAUAAGUGAACAUAAAAGCUUUACAGUUUUGAGUGUCUAUGUAUUGCGCGAUAUUAU